AUGGCUAUUCGCGGUUUCGCGUGGUUCCCCACCUCGCAUCCCGAGGAACAGGAGGAAAAAAAGGGGGCUCAAUCUGGAGGAGGUCGAAGGAUGAGCGCCGGAGCAUCCCUGGUGGGGGCGUAUCAGCACACGGGUCACUGUCUCGACUUACCUCAGCACUGCGGUGUGUUUUGUACGUACGGAUCGGUUGGAUUGACCCAUUUGAGGGUGGUUGCGCCAGCAAACAUGCGGCUACGCUUGUUCUGGAUCGUCUUGCUGGCUGUCGCUCGUUCAGCUCUGGCUGACGAGGGAUAUAAUUAUCCCAGACCAACAAAUGCGCUUGUACCAGGUGGUCCUCCAGGAGGAGGUCCUGGCGCAAAACCAGGAGGAGGAUUUCCAGGUACGCCUGGUAGAUACCCAUCUGGUCCAGGUAUAUCUGGAGGACCCGGAGAACCAGGAAGACCGAGCGGUUAUCCAUCUGGUCCAUCAGGACCUUCAGGAUUUCCAGGCGGACGUCCAAGCGGUACACAACCAGGUGGGCAACAACCUGGAUUUCCAUCUAGCCAAGGGCCUUCUGGUGGAUAUCCUAGUGUACGCCCCUCCAUUCCAUUUCCGAGUGGUGAACCAACAGGCAGACCUGGUCCAGGAACAGGUGGGUAUCCAUCUGGCGAGCCAGGUGCACCAACCGGACCGGGUGCACGACCAGGAGGAUUUCCAACAGGGCCAAGUACUGGAUAUCCUGGUAGCAGGCCUAGUGGUCAAGCACCAGGCGGUUUUCCAGGUGGACAAAGACCUAGCGGAUAUCCUAGUGCACGACCAGGUGGACAAGGACCAAGCGAAGGAUAUCCCAGCGGUCAAACUCCUGGAGGUUAUCCCAGUGGAAUGCAAAAGCCUGGUGGCCAAAGAGGUGAAUAUCCUGGUGGAGGACCAAGCGCUGGCUAUCCAGGAGGUGCUCAGAGACCUGGCGGUGGUCCAAGUCCUCAAGGACCAAGUGGUUAUCCAGGGCCGAGUGGCCCUACAGGGCCUGGAGGUCAGCAAGGUCCAGGUGAAACACCUGGCGGCGGUUAUCCUAGUGCUAAACCAGGAGGACAGAGACCAGGCGGCUACCCAAGUGGCCCAACCUCGCAAAGACCAGGAGGCUACCCAAGUGGCCCAAGUCCGCAAGGACCGAGUGGUUAUCCAGGUGCCCCAGGGCCACAAGGUCCAGGGGCACAAGGACCAGGAGCAUUUCCAAGUGGCCCAGGUCCACAAAGACCAGGAGGAUUUCCAAGUGGACCAGGUCCACAAAGACCAGGAGGAUUUCCAAGUGGACCAGGUCCACAAGGACCAGGAGGAUUUCCAGGUGGACCGAGUGCUGGCCGUCCAGUAGGACCUGGAGAACAUGGAGGACCUGGGGAAUAUACCCAUGGUGAAGAGGGAACAUAUGAUGAAGGUGAUUACUCAGCUAUUCCAGGCGAACCUGGUCGCGAUUAUCCUAUAUACAGUGAAAUUCCGGAAACUGGUUUCCGUUGCGAUGCGCAACAAUUCCCUGGUUAUUACGCUGACGUGGAAGCUCAGUGCCAAGUUUUCCAUAUAUGUGCCAAUAAUAAAACCUACGAUUUUCUUUGUCCGAAUGGAACAAUCUUUCAUCAGCAAUUCUUUGUCUGUGUAUGGUGGAAUCAAUUUGAUUGCAACUCCGCACAAAAUUUUUAUUAUUUGAACGAAAAUCUUUACGACUAUACUAUAAUGGGAACACCUGGUCAAAGACCUGGUAUUGAAGGACCUUCAAGGCCUUCUGGACCCACUACAUACCCGGGAGGUCCAGGCGCUCCUAGUGGUCCAAGUGGUCCAAGUACUCCUCCUGGUCCAGGUGGUUAUCCGGGAGGCCCACAACGACCUGGUGAAAAACCUCAAGGUCCCUCAAGACCAGGUGAAUAUCCAGAAGAACCUCAGGGCCCAUCAAAACCAAGCGGAUAUCCGGGAAGACCCCAAGGCCCGUCCGGACCAGGAACAUAUCCAGGAGGACCUUCAGGGCCAUCAGGACCAGGUAGGUAUCCAGGAGGACCUUCAGGUCCAUCAGGACCAACUGGGCCAGGCGGUUAUCCAAGCGGUCCUCAAGAACCAACAGGCCCACAAGGUCCAAGCGGUUUUCCAGGGCGACCUGGAGGGCCAGGACCACAAGGUCCCUCUGGUCGCCCAGGACCCGCAUAUUUAAGUCCACCAGCAGGACCAUCAGGACCUCAAGUGCCUCAAGGACCAGGUGGAACAGGCUAUCCCGGAAGACCUCAGGGACCUUCUGGUCCUAGUGGACCUCCGACGAGACCGCAAGGACCCAGUGGUCCUGGUGGUUACCCGGGACCAAGCGGACCAUCUCCAGGAUAUCAAAAUGGCCAGCCUCAAGGACCCACUCGACCGCAGGGCUAUCCAGGUCCAGGUACACCAGGUGGUCGUCCACAAGGACCUAGUGGACCAGGCGGAUAUCCCAGUGGUAGACCAAGUGGGCCAUCGUUUCCAAGUGGGCCAAGCGGACCUACUGGACCAGGCAUCGGGACGAGUUCACCAUUUCCGCCGCAAGGCCCUCCGAAGCCAGAUCGUGAGUACUUACCGCCGCGGAUUGGAUAAUUAUGAAGCUAAACUUCCAGGCAAUAUUUGACGGCGAUUCCCACCGUUGUUAAUGCUGGAUGAAAUGUGUAAAUACGAGCGUACAGUUUUGUCUGCGUAAUCUAGGUAUUGAUUAUUCGUAUUGCAUUCACAUUAACAUAUAGGGAAUUUAAUUCUACUUAGGCGUUUUCUUAAGGUUUUCAUUUUAUCUUAAGGUUUCCAUUUUCAAUUAAAGAUUCAUAUCGUUUAUUCUCAAUUAAUUUUAUUAGUAAAAUAUAUUUAUAUAUUAUAUACAUAUUUCAUAUAUUUUUUAUAUCUUACUAGUAAUUACAAAAUUUAGGCAUAUUUGUAUUACUUUAUUAAUUAUUAACAGAAUGUGAAAAAAAGCUAUGUAAAAAAGUUUAUAAAUUGUGUCUUUAUAAAUUUAAAACGAUUCAACUUUAAUACAUGAUUCUCUUUAAUAGAUUAUAUUCAAAAUUCUAUUUAUUUAUUAUUAUUAAGAAUAAACAACAAUGUGUCACGAUUAAUAUAAAAACAUGUAUUUUAACGCGGAAACCUUAUGAUAAAAUUCUAAAUAAUAUUAAGAUAUAUAUGUAGGCUGAAUGUAUUCAUCGUUGUCCGAUCAAAUCUUAAUAACCAUGUCUAAAAAUAUUAAUUGUUUUUGAUUCUUUUCGAUUGUUAUCAUGUAAUUAAUAAUCUAUAAAUUUUAUAUUCUUUUAUAUUCUUAUAUGAAAGCAAAAACAUUGGCAUUAUUAUUAGAGAUUAUUAUUAAUAUUAGUAAUGUUUAGUAUUAGUUAAAAAUGAUAAUAUUGUUAAUAUUAUUAUUAUUACUGCCACAGAUUUUAUCGAUCAAUGUAUAUCAAAACUAACAGGACAUUAACGUAGAAUACAUGAAGCUUUAAGUAUUAUAAAUGGCGAUAUAUAUUUAUUUAUUCAGCUUUAAUAAAAAUAUAAAUCUUACAAUUUAUACGAUUUUACUAUCAAAAGAGCUGAAUCGGACGUCAUGCGGAUGUCAUCGAUAUUCAGAUUUUGUACGGUGUGAAAAAUAAGAAUUGAUUAAAUAUAAUAAUGCAAUCAAACACGUGAAAUCAAAUGUAUAGUUUCAUACUUUAAGGCAAUUUCGCCUUAUAGAAAGUGUCAUAAUAACACAAUUUUAACACACUUAUAAAUAUAUUUAUCGUUAUACAUAUCUAUCACAAAAUUCUUGAUGAUAAAACGAAUAAAUUAUAUUUAUAAUGAUUUAUUUUGUUAAUAUAAUCUGCAAGUAUAUAUUAUUGUAGGAUUAUAUAUACAUAAGAAGCACGCAUAUCUUAGCGAAUAAUUUAUAAAUGGCUUAUAAUAUAUUUAAAUGUAACAAGUGCGUAUUUUUUAUGAGAAUGUCAGAUAAGAAAACUCAAGAAUAUUUUAAAGCGGAAGCGUUACAAUAUUAUAAGUGAAUUAUGACAGAAAUUUGAUAGUCUUUUUUAUCUCUUUCCAAUUUUUAUCAAUUGUAAAAAAUGCGCAAUAAUUAUUUAUAAAUUUAUAAAUUUUAUUUUAUUUAUAAAUUUAUAAAUUUUUAUUAUAAAUUUUUCAAUAAUUAUCUGAUAAGAUAGUGUGUAUUAAAACUAUACAUUAUUAAUUAAUUACUCCAAGAAUAACAUAACAGUGAGAAUUUGAUUCUUUUUGAAGAAAAAAAUGUACCCUUGUCAUAUAUAAUUAAGCAUCGCAUGACAUAUAAUUAUAUAUACAUAUAUAUCUAUAUUUUUAUAACAAUGGUUUGAGACUCCUACGUGGGAUGCCAUUAUGUAUAUUUUAUGCGCGAAAUAAAGGAAACAU